CAAAACUCUCCCCGUACCGCAGCGCAGCAACAAACACACGUUGAGUUGCCCCACGCUCCGCCAUGUCGUCUCUCCUAGAUGCCGCUUUGCGAUCCGAUGCUGCACCCACGCCUGGCAGCGAACCCGCUGCUACUCCACGAGGGCAGUUCCGCUCUUCUUCUGUGCGACCGCGCGCGCCCCCUUCCGAGAGCGCAGGCGCACACAGUGAUCAUGAAGGUUUCGCAGACGACGAGAUCGUAGGAAGAGGAACCGGGCGAAGGCCAAAUGGGCCCCGAACCGAUAUACCCAAGGUGGUGGACGUGACUGGAGAGACGCUGUCGCAGCGGUUUCAGGAGUUUCUCGAGGGGUACACAGAAGAUCCCACUUCCUCCGCAUUGCCAGUAUCAAGUGUGCCAGUGACAGAUAAAUACUACAUCGCGCAGGUCAGGGGAAUGAAGCUUUACGGCCUGUCUACCCUUUACGUCGACUAUACACAUCUGCAAGGGCACGAGGACGGUGUCCUGGCAGCAGCAGUCGCGAGCGAGUACUACCGAUUCCUUCCGUACAUGACCCGCGCUCUACACAACAUCAUCGCAAAGUAUGAGCCUCAAUAUUUCCGCGAACAUCGUCAGCCCACAGCCGCGGGCACAGCUCCGCCUAGCUCGCGAGCGGAAGCUACCAGUCAAAAUGAGAGCCUCAACGAGAAGACUGCGAACCAACAGACCGACAAAGUCUUCACCCUCGCCUUCUACAAUCUACCCCUCAUCUCGCGAAUCCGUCAACUGAGAACAGAAUCGAUUGGUCGUCUGCUUUCGAUUUCUGGUACGGCCACUCGCACGUCAGAAGUCCGCCCUGAGCUUUCCAUGGCCACCUUCAUCUGCGAGGCUUGCAACACUGUAGUGCCGAAUGUCGAGCAGACGUUCAAGUACACGGAGCCGACUCAAUGCCCCAACACUGUCUGCAUGAAUCGUGAAGGCUGGCGAUUAGACAUCAGACAGUCCACCUUUGUCGACUGGCAAAAAGUGCGCAUCCAAGAGAAUAGUUCGGAGAUCCCCACUGGCAGCAUGCCACGCACAAUGGAUGUCAUCUUACGCGGAGAAAUGGUCGAUCGUUCCAAGGCUGGAGAAAAGUGCAUAUUCACCGGAACUGCUAUUGUCAUUCCAGACGUCAGCCAGUUCAGAGUUCCUGGCGUGCGGGCGCAAGCAACCCGAGACAAUUCGGGCGCUGCCCGCGGAGCCGACGUCGGCGGGUCUGGCGUCAGUGGCCUGAAAGCUCUCGGUGUUCGCGAUCUGACCUAUCGCAUGUCUUUCCUCGCCUGCAUGGUGAUUCCUGAUAUAUCCACUCCGGGCCAAAAGUCAACUCAUCAUAUGCAAGGUCAAGCAGGCAACAUCCUAGCAUCCCUAAACCAAGCGCAAGCAAUGGAGUCCGACAAGAAUGGCGAGGAAGCUCAAGCUGAGUAUCUCGGUACACUCACUGCAAGCGAGAUUCAGGAUCUGAAGGACAUGGUGCACAAACCCAACAUUUUCAUGCGCUUAGUUGAUUCCAUCGCACCCACGGUGUACGGCCACCAAGUCAUCAAGAAGGGUCUUCUCCUCCAGCUCAUGAGCGGUGUGUCGAAACAGACUCCAGAAGGUAUGGAUCUCCGUGGUGAUAUCAAUAUCUGUAUUGUGGGUGACCCAUCGACGUCCAAGUCGCAAUUUCUCAAGUACAUCUGCAGCUUUCUCCCGCGGGCUGUGUACACAUCCGGAAAGGCUUCUUCCGCUGCUGGUUUGACGGCUGCCGUGGUGAAGGAUGAAGAAACGGGCGAGUUCACAAUCGAAGCGGGCGCCCUUAUGCUAGCAGAUAAUGGUAUUUGUGCGAUUGACGAAUUCGACAAGAUGGAUAUCGCGGAUCAAGUCGCCAUUCACGAAGCUAUGGAACAGCAAACCAUCUCUAUUGCGAAGGCAGGUAUCCAGGCAACCCUGAAUGCUCGCACAUCCAUCCUUGCAGCUGCGAACCCUGUAGGCGGCCGUUACAACCGCAAGACGACUCUUCGGGCCAACGUUAACAUGUCCGCACCCAUCAUGUCACGUUUUGACCUGUUCUUCGUAGUGCUCGAUGAGUGCGAUGAGGACGUAGACCGUCACUUGGCAGAGCACAUUGUAGGUCUUCACCAGUUCCGCGACGAAGCGAUCGAGCCGGAAUUCAGCACCGAACAACUACAGCGUUACAUUCGUUUCGCACGCACGUUCCAACCUGUGUUCACGGACGAGGCGAAGGAGACUCUGGUUGAGAAGUACAAAGAGCUCCGUGCCGACGAUGCUCAAGGUGGCAUCGGAAGGAACAGCUAUCGCAUCACUGUGCGUCAGCUAGAGAGUAUGAUUCGUUUGUCUGAAGCUAUCGCCAAGGCCAACUGCGUUGUUGACAUCACACCUGACUUCGUCCGAGAAGCGUACAAUCUCCUCCGGCAAUCCAUCAUCAGUGUCGAGAAAGAUGAUGUCGAGAUGGAAGAUGACGACGAUGAAGCUCUUCUUGCCGCUGCCGCUGCCGCGGAAUCUCAAGACGCAGAGGUAGAUGCAGACAUGGGUGCGGACGAACAGCCAGACGGCGAGACGACUGUUCGCGUUACGGGUACGCCUGCGCCGCCCCGAGAGAAGACAAAGAUCACGCACGAUAAGUACAUCUCCAUGCGUAAUUUAUUUGUCAAGCGCAUCAACGAGGAUCAAGAAGCCACUGAAGACGGCGUCGAGGAAGAGGACUUGCUCAUUUGGUACCUCGAGCAGAAAGAAUCUGAAUUGGAGACGCAAGAGGACCUGGAGAAGGAGAGAGAUCUGGCGAAGAAGGUGCUCAAGAAGGUUUGCAGGGAGCAAUAUCUCAUGCCGAUCCGUGGCGAGGGCUUGGCUGAUGAGCAAGGCCAGGCCGACGCUGCAGCCAAGGUUGUGUACGUGCUACACCCGAACUGCCCGGUCGAGGAUAUUGUAUAGAUCAGGAUGAGAUGGCAUGUGUCACGAAGGCCGACAUGAAAGGGGAAAUGAUAUCACUGCGAUGGAAGGCGUUCAGGCAUCAUAGCAUAUUGCGCGUUUGAUUAGGCAGUGCACGCCGUUGUUUGGGCGUGGGAUCAGAUAGUCAGCUGUCGGACAACGUGGCCGACAGAGGGUGUACAUUAUUUACGAUUGAC